UUAUUUGUUAAAAAGGCAGGGUAUGAACUAGGCCAACUUUUUAGUUAACAGCAUAGUAUCUGUACAUAAGAGUUACUUAGGUACUUAAUAAUUACUUUUUAAUGUAAUGGUUUUGCUGGAGUAUUUGCAUCCUUAAUUAGAUAAUAAAGUCCUUUGAGGACAGGGCUUCUAUAUAUGUUGCUAUGUAUAUGGUAUACAAUACUGGUAGUGAAUGAAUGGGGGGGGGGGGAGUUUGCAGGAGUGGCAUAGUCCUCCAGUUAGAAGGUUACACCCUUCCCUUCUUCCCUCCCCUCCAGGUCUAAGCUCCCAGGUAUACUGGUGGUAUGUAUAUAAAGUGAGGAGAGGAAGGAAAACCUAGAACAUAGUCAACAAUUCACUUUGGUUUGGAAAACAAGACUAGUUACUGAUUAGCAGGCCCAGGAGGUCAAGGGUUGAAGAAAGGGGGCCAGGGGCUGCAAUGGACAGAACUCCCAGAAGAGAGUGGUUACAGGUAGCAAGCAAGCUUGCACUUGCACUACAAUCUCUAAGGAUGUUUCACCAAAUUUGGGCAGCUUUCCUUUACCUCUACUGGAUUCUCUAUGAAAACAUUUACCAGUGUUCUGAGCCUGAUAAAUUAAAUCUUCUGGGAGUAAAUGGAAAAGAGUUCCCUGGACCCUACCUGGAUCAAUGGUAUUUCAUUGCUGGUGCAGCUCCUGCCCCGGAGGAAUUCAUUUUUAUCCCAGUGGACAACAUUCUCUUCAACAUGGCUGCUAGCCACAUUCCCCAAAAGCUCCAAUUAAGGGCCACCAUCAGAAUGAAAAAUGGGCACUGUGUACCCCGAGAAUGGACUUACCAUCUGACUGAUGGGAGCACAGAUCUCAAGACUGAAGGUUGGUUACCCAAUACGAAGACUGAACUUUUCUCCAGCUUUUGCCCAGAUGGAAUCAUGCUGAGAGAGACAGGACAAGGUAACCAGCGCUUCCUCCUCUACAGUGAAUUCCCACAACCCUCAAAAGAAUUCGUGGUGAGUGAGUUUCAGUUCUUGACCUUUUGCUUGGACUCAAAAGCUUUCCUGCAGACCCCCAGGGAGUUAGAGGCCUGAGAGUUGUCCAGUGACUGACCUAUGCCCUCUAUGGAGCUGGAGACCUCUUACUCCUUUCAAGAACAAUAAAGAUGAUUUUCUGA